ACGCGCACACUUCCUACACUGCCUCCUCUUCUCUUGGCUGCUCGUCGCCAAUGGAGCUCCCGUCCGCGGCUUCCUCGCCCUCCGCCUACAAGCUGGUGGACACGUGCAAGAAGGCGGCGGCCACGGCGGCGUCCGUGACCGCCUACGCCGUGCUGGCGCGCGGCAUGGCGCGGGAGCUCCUGCCGCCCGACCUCUGCGCCGUCGUCAGCUGGGCCGCCUCGCUCGUGCGCGGCCACCUCCAGCCCCCGCCCGCCCAGCGUCGCACCGUCGUCGUCAAGCGCCUGGACGGCUGCGCCAUCAGCUGCGCCAACUUGAACUCCUUCUACGACGACGUCAACGACUACCUCGCCACCAGGAUCGACCCGCAGUCCAUGCGCCGGCUCUGCCUCAGCGGCGCCGGCGCCAGGAAGGUCAUGUCCAUGGACACCGGCGACUCCAUGACCGACGUCUUCGAGGGCGUCCGGUUCACGUGGACGUCCGUCUCGGGGGAAGGCCGCAAAGGCCCGGACUCGCUGGAGCUCACCUUCGACGCGGAGCACACGGACAUGGCGCUGGGCACGUACGUGCCCUCCAUCACGGCCGCGGUGGAGCAGGCGCGGCGUCGGGACUGCAAGCUCAAGAUCUUCAUGAACGAGGGCUCGUCGUGGCGCGGGAUCAGCCACAACCACCCGGCCACGUUCGACACGCUCGCCAUGGACCCGCCCACCAAGCAGGCCCUCAUCGCCGACCUCGACAGGUUCUUGAAGCGCAAGGAGUACUACCGGCGGAUCGGCAAGGCAUGGAAGCGCGGCUACCUUCUCUACGGCCCGCCCGGCACCGGCAAGUCCAGCCUGGUGGCCGCCGUGGCUAACUACCUCCGCUUCAACCUCUACGACCUCGACCUCUCCGAGGUGCGCUACAACGCCGAGCUGCAGAAGCUGCUCAUCGGCAUGCCCAACAGGUCCAUCCUUGUCAUCGAGGACAUCGACUGCUGCUUCAGCGCCACGUCCAGGGAAGGUGGCAAGGAGCGCAAGACGCUGGCGCGGGCCGACUAUGGCCAUGGCGACGAUGACUCUGACGACUGCUCGAACAAGAGUAUCACACUGUCGGGGCUGCUCAACUUCAUCGACGGGCUGUGGUCGACGAGCGGCAAGGAGCGCGUCAUCAUCUUCACCACCAACUACAAGGAUCGCCUCGACCCGGCGCUGCUGCGUCCUGGGCGCAUGGACAUGCACGUCUACAUGGGCUACUGUGGCUGGGAGGCGUUCAGGACGCUAGCCCGGAACUACUUCCUCGUCGACGACCACCCUCUGUUCCCGGAGAUACAGGAGCUGCUUGCCGAGGUGGAGGUGACGCCAGCCGAGGUGUCCGAGAUGCUGCUGCGGAACGAGGACGCCGACAUUGCGCUCCUCGGGCUGGUUGAGUUUCUCACAGCCAAGAAGCAGGGAGGAAAAGAUUCAGUCAAGGCAUGAAGGGGAGCAGUGCAUUCACCAGCCAGUGAAAGGAAAAGGAUCAAUGCUUUCUGUUUUGCGAGUAAUUUGCAGUGUGGACGAAUCUUGUCCUUCUAAUUUCUAUGUUUAAUUGUUAGUCCUAGCGAUCUUUAUCCUGUUGGCAAGCAUCGGUACCUGCUGUGUUAACCGCUGCUCUGUCGUUCUUUACCCAGUAGCAGUUGUUUGUCUCCAAAUGUUUGGGAACUGAUUUGGACUUCAGUGGUGGAUUAUUUCGGAAUGAAAUGCGUUAUUACUCCAUUAU